AUUAAUUCAAAAAAACAUUUCAGUAAGUUUACAUUUCACAAGAGUUUUAUAAAUCACAUUUUUUAUAGUUUUUUAUUUUAGUAUUAUUUUAUCGUUAAUAUGCCUUUACUUGACAUAACUAAUCCUGCGGUGAUUAUAUUUCUUAUUGAAAAUUAUGAGAAGGAAAAUCGUUUACGUCUCAAUUGGAUCCAUAAGCAUCGUGAACAAAUCCAACAAGCAGCGACACUCAACAGGGAACCAACUAAUUACUUCGAAACUGAUGUGAUCGCACACAAUAUGAUAGCAGGAAUGGCAACGACCACCAGAGAUCAUAUCGUAUCGGGUUACAACAGGAGGAAAACACCUCUACGCGAUGCGGUUUUCGUGCCCGGAGUCAAAGAUCUACGUCACGGUCAUUCCAUUGUAGACGUUGGUCUAGGAGAUCCGAAAGAUGAUUCCAGACUUAAAAGACCAGACGAUGAUCUAUCAAUUGAUCCAAUAAUGCGUCCCGUCGAUCCCAAAGUGAACAAAAUUAUAUAUAAACCUAGACCGGAAUUUGGAAAGAAUAAAUACCUUGAAACACGAUCGAAGACGUGGCCGGAGAAGAAAUACUAUUUCUCAGAGUGUUCUAAUUGGGACUAUGGAUGGCGAAUGAAGGAUAGCUCUUUGCGUCAGAAGCCGAUGUAUGGACGGUGCUGGCAUCUUCAUAGAGCGGUACGCACUCGAGUUGGGCCCAAACCAGACCCACCCUACUAUAAGUCAUCUGAUCCGCCCGGCCCUACCAAGAUUGUUAACAUAUAGUCAUAGCAAGACGGACUAUGUAAAAUCUUGUUAUUUCGAUAUUACAAUACAAUAAAACCAAUUUUAUUCAAAUCCCUA